CGGGUUUCCCUUUAAAAGGGGGCAAGGCUCAAUGCUGGGAAUUCACGUCAUUUCGCCGUUUUACACACAUCCAGAUCAAUGAGAGAGAGAGAGAGAGAGAGAGUCCGUCGGUCUCUCUCACUCUUUAGUCUUGCUCUUCCAGGAAGGGAUUAUUAACCAGCACGCUGCCGACAUAUGAAGAGAAAACACACGCAGACAAAAGAAGUUUUCGCACCGACAGCCGCGCUAUGGACCGGAGCAGCAGAUAAAAGCAAUCAAAAGCAGCCUACAUGAAAAAAACAACUUAUCCCACAACAACAAGCCGAGCAGUCGGACUGCCGCUUCUUCUUCUUCUUCUUCUUCUACUGCUGCUGCUGUGUGUGUUUCUAUAGGGACACAGGACAGGAGAUAAAAGAGAGCACAACGGGAAAGUGGAAGGAGAGAAGUUGACGGGAGAUAAUGUCUGAAUCCUCCUCCGCUGCGAACAAGCAGGAGAGGAGCUCUUUCAGUCCUUCCGCGAACACGCUGCCAAACUCCACUUCCUCCCCCGUCCAUGCUCCCGCCGCGAGGCCAGCCAGCCGAAUGGAGGACGAGCCUGCCAGGCUGCCCGCGCACCUGCGUCUGCAGCCAGUCUUUUGGAGCAGGGAUGAUGUGGCCCAGUGGCUGCGAUGGGCAGAGAAGGAGUUUGCUCUGCGGCCGAUCACCAGCGGCUCUUUCCAGAUGAACGGCAAAGCGUUGCUGCUGCUCACUAAGGAGGACUUCCGCUACAGAUCCCCCCACUCUGGGGACGUCUUGUAUGAGCUGCUGCAGCACAUCCUGAAGCAGAGGAAGCCCCAUGUGUUUUACCCGUCUGCGUACUUCCCUGGGAACUCCUUCCACUCGCUGCCUGAAAGCGCUGUGCAGCACCUGAAGCUUGAAGAAACGGUACGGCGUGCACCACGUGGCACAGAGCCACUCCCCCAGCAUCCACCAACCAUCGAGCUGCGGCACCGCUCCCGCUCGCCCCACCAUCCAACCACCAGACGAUCCCCUCCUGAGCCAAACCACCCCCGCCCAGCCAAUGAAGACCCCCUACAGACCUUCUCCCAGCUGCCUGACAGCAACCACCACCUGCCUGAGGAAAUGUACCCUCUGUCGGUGUCCCCGGCUGCGCCAAACGGCCGUUGUGUGACGCCCCGUGAAGCCCCGUGCCCGGGCAGCCCUGGGGGACAAGAGGCGGUACCUCCUCGGGUCAUCCAGCUCAUGCCCAGCGCCAUCAUGAACCCCCUGUUCCUCAGCCCAAACAGGAGUGGCGGAGUUGCCGCCAGUGACUUCAGGCACAGUCGUGGUGGAACCCCGUCUCAGGCGACGCUUGAGAAUGGGCGUGAGGAGAAGGUCCACAGCCAACACCAGAUACCGCUGGCCCAGCAGCAGCAACAGCAGCAUCUGCUGCAGCAGCAGGAGGAGGCACUUUACAGGAACCACGUCAUCAUGCCCGUGUCUCCUCCAGAGGAGCAACAAAUACCCAUUGGACGAAUAGCAGACUGCAGGUUGCUGUGGGACUACGUCUACCAGCUCCUGUCAGACAGCAGGUACGAGAACUACAUCCGCUGGGAGGAUGCAGAGAACAAAGUCUUCCGCAUCAUGGACCCCAACGGCCUGGCCAGGCUUUGGGGCAAUCACAAGAACAGGACCAAUAUGACGUACGAGAAGAUGUCGCGAGCACUGAGACACUACUACAAACUCAACAUUAUCAGGAAAGAGCCUGGGCAAAGACUUCUAUUCAGGUUCAUGAAAACCCCUGAUGAGAUAAUGAACGGACAGACGGACCGGCUGGAGCACAUGGAGUCCGACACAGAUGAACAAAUCUACAUCAAAGAGGAAUGCUGAGGAGCUCCGGGAAAAACGAGUACAUGAACUACUUACUACUACUACUACUACUACUACAGCCCCUGAUGCCUUUCAGAAGCAGCCUGAACAAUGUGGAGCGUGUGGAUGUUCGCUUGUAUCAGUCCUACACAGACAAACAUGACAUCUGAUCUUUCUUAAGAUUGCCUUAGGGUGAUAUUUUUUCUGAUGUCAAAUGGAAAAAAAGAAACGGCUUCAGUUGUUUUGAUUUUCCUGAUGGACCGCGCUGAGACGACUUUUUAAGUUUCUUUUUAUUUCUGAAUGAACUGCAAAAGCCAAUCACUUUCAUCCUUAUGUCACUUUUAUGACAUUUUUUUUGUCCCAUCACAUGCAUUAUACUAUGGAAUUUUUCUGUUUGUAUAAAGAAAAUUGGGUGUGUGUAUAUGUGUGUGUGUGUGUGUGAGAGCGAGAGAGACAGGAAUGUUUUCACCAUGGAAUAAACAUUUUUGAUCAAACUGUA